GGCGAGUGAGUUUUGGUCGCUCCGUUUACUUUCGACAUUAGAUUAUACACACAGCGUUGGCAAUGUCGGUGCUGAUGGUAUAAAACUUUAGUACAUCAGAAUGGCUUUGUUGUCAGCGGACGUGCCUAUCUGAAGCUCGGGCAUGAGCCAUUCCAGAACGCAUUUUUCAGGCGUUGCUGGUUUUAGUGCAACGACCCGAGUCCGCAAGAACGACCGCCUGUGAAAAUGGGACGACGGAGAAUGUGGCACAACUACUCAGGAGGAGCGACGAGUUUUGCUUUUGCACUCGCGGCUUUACAACUCCCGUCUCUCCUCAGAGGGCAGGAAGUUUCACGUGCGAAAUACCUCUGCACAGGAUCACAGACCACCUUUCGUUAUGUGCAUCAUAUUUGCCAAAGAGGAAACGAGUGUGCAAAUUGUAAAAUAUGACGCAGGAGAUCUAAGUACUACCUCAUAUUUGUGUCAUAGAUAAAUUAUAAAAGUUUAUUCCCAAGAACCCUACUGCCACGCGGCUUCUACGUUGGCCACGAACUACGGCUACAUCAAGAGCAGACACAUGACAAACUUUCUCGUCUAACACAAGGAGUGUGACGACGCACUACCCGCGUGUCCGAACCCCCAAUGCACUGAUUGCAGGUGGGCAGAAUGGGGUCCUUGGGGCGAGUGCAACUGUCACGGCUUGCAGGAGCGUCGGCGAUACAUCGAUACACCGGCAAGCUUUUGUUUACGUUGAAGAACCUUCAUAUAAUUAUUUAUCGGAUCGAAUAUAACGUGCAAGGAUAGAGGAAACAGAGAUCUUGUUCAAGGAUAGAGUAAACAGAGAUCUUGUUAUCUCUCAUAAAAAAAUAAAACAAGUAGCUUUAGCACUGCAAGAAGGACACGAUGGGGGAUAUUCUCUACUCGUUAUGUCAAAUCAUUUGCUUCUCAUGGCUUCAUUAAAUACAGACAUCCUCUACGCCUAGUGCGCGUGCACGACGUCGAAUAUUGUUUUUCUAAUUGCGGGUCGACCUUGCGAAGGCACGGAUCGGGAAACACAGACUUGCAAAAGCACCUGCAUGGAGCAGGCAACUGACUGUGAACUCUCCGAGUGGACGGAAUGGACAGAGUUUAUGAGAUGUGAAUGGUUUCUCUAAUCGCCUCGGGUUUUACUCUACCAAAGUACUUCGUCGUCUUCUGCAUGGUGUAAAUAUCAUGAACGUGGUCACUACUAGUUCCUCUCCUCUAACCGCCGCAACAUUCCUGAUUGUAGUGCGGAAUCGGCAACUACACCGCAGAAAUACCGAGAGAGACACGUUGUCCGGGAAGCACAAGGGACAAAAGCAAAGCUGUGUCUCGGAGCUUUGAAGGAGACGCAAAGCUGCACAAGUGAAUACCGGACGCAGUGUUUAUGGAUGAGUGAGUGAGUCUAGGAGGACACAGAGUUUAUACUUGUAUUUGGGCUGCGUAUUUUACCUUAGUGAGUGAAUGAUUUUCAGACCCCGUCUCUACGGUUGCCACGAGUCAUGGCAGUAUCAGGGACAUAAACAUGACCUGACCACGGAGGCUUAAUAGAGCAGAUGCAAGCAGACGAAUGAGUGAUGGUAUUGAAAGGGAUCUCUUCAUAUUUCGAGGGCGUCAUAGCGGCUUUGUGGUCGCAUGAAGAGGAGCAUGCCCAAGACUGCAAGGUCUCCGAGUGGAGCAUUAUGGCAUGUGGGACACUGUGACAUCUCCGUGUCUAUCGUAUCUGAGACGCUGGCAGCUUCUCUAUAGAUACUAUAGUAUAGCUUUCUGUGUAUGAGUGUAGAGUAUAAUACUAGCUUCGUAACAACUUUCGUAUCGCUUUGUUGUCUUCUAGCAUUGUGAAUUAAGGGGAAGAAGUCUUCUAUAUGACCUCUAGACUGGCGGGUACACUACUGCCAUACACUACUUCUACUACUAGCAUAGCAUAGUUAUGCCCAACAAGAAGAGCAGGCCACUCUAAGCUUCAGUGGUCAGCGUGUUCGCAUACAUGCACUGGAGGUCAACAGAGCCGGUCGCGGGAAGUGGUGCAAUACCCGAAGCUGGGAGGCCUGGGAUGUGGUGAUGGACACUCGCUUCCCCUGGAUGAGGUUCGGGCCUGCAACGAGGCGAUAGCGUGUCCUUCUACGGGAGAAAGCGAUGGCGUAUUUUUUUGAAUUGUCGUUGGUUAGGUAGGACGUAAGUAUUUUUUUGAAUUGUCGUUGGUUAGUUAGGACGUAAGUGCUAGGGAGAACAGCUAGAAGUAGAACAGGUGAGUAAGGACGGGUACUAGUAGAACAGGUUAGUCAGAAGUAAAGUGGUCUUAAGUUUAAGUAUACGUAAUUAUAUCUGCUGGAUAUCAACAUGAGUAAAAAUGUAAAUCCAUACGGGUUGUUUCACUUGCAGGCCCGAGACUGUCAGUAUUCCGAGUGGUCGGAGUGGGAAACGUGCUCCACGAGUUGCGGACCCGGAACGCAAGAACGGCGUAGGGAUGUCACUCUAGGGCCACUCGGAAACGGAAAAGCGUGUGAGGCGAAGGUUUUAACCCAAGUUCAGGGGUGCAACGUAAAAAGCUGCGGAGAUGCUGCGGAUUGCGUAGUUGGUGCUACAUUUGAUUUGGCGUUCUUACCACUAUGGUGUCUACCAUGAAUUUGUAAUUUUGUAAUUGUUCAUCUUCCUACUUCAACAUAACGUGGGUUGAAUUUUUUCUCCUUCACAUCGAAUUAUCCCCUACCAGAUUUACAAGAAAAAAAACACAACACUAACGUUGAACUCAUUCCCACACUAUAACGUUGACGUUCCCACACUAACGUUGACGUUCAUUCAGGACCCUGGUCUUCCUGGGGUGAGUGUUCGGCGACGUGCAAUGGCGUACGGAACCGAACUCGUGCGAUAGAGACGUAUCCCGGCUACGGUGGGAAGGCCUGCGACGCUGUCCUACACGAGGCCCAGGCGUGUAAUGUAGAAGCCUGCGGAGCGCUUCAAGCGUGGGCCGCCGAAAAAUCCUCGGACAGUGACUUCAUUAUGUUGACAACCGGUUUAUUAGAUCGUUUUGACAUAGAAGUACAACGGGCCGCUGUAGUCGCCCACUUCUCCGAUAAGUGAACUACUUCAACAGGAGUGGAAUAACACUACUACAACAACUUCUCUUGCUCUAACCUAAGCCAGCCACAAGAUUGUGAGUUGUCAGACUGGGGAGAUUGGUCGGCGUGUGAGCCCGCUUGCGGUCCAGCGUCUUCGCGAAGGCGGACACGUAAAAUUGCGAGUCCAUCUAUGAAUGGAGGGAAAGAGUGUGCGGAACAUUUGGUAACUUUCUCAUGUAAUUGUAACGUACUUAUGUGGUAGGGUAACUUUGUCAUGUAAUUAUAACGUAAGUACUUAUGUGGUACUAGAAGCACAAGAAGUGAACUAGAACUUCUCAUGUACUGAAAUGAAAUUUUCCUAGUGAGGGCUCCACCACAACUUCUCUUACAACAAGGUUCUCUCCGAAAUUGCCCCGUGCGAGGACUGGAAGCCCUGUGAUAGUGCAGGUAGUUGCAAAUUAGGCGAGUGGGAGGACUGGGGCGACUGUAGUGUGAGCUGUGGCGUCGGUCAUAUGACGAGGAAACGAGUGGUGGACAAAUUUCCAAAGCUAUGUGGCGAAGCGUGUCCAAGGGAUACGUUGGAGGAGGUAGCACUUAGUACUCCUGAUAGAUGGUCGUUGAUCAAGGACGAAGACUUUCUGGCUAGGGUUUUGGAUGAUUUUUGUUAUCGACGGUUUGCUCUUGCCCUUUCAUCUUAACUCGACGAUGAAUCUUCAGCAAUGCCAAUGUGUUUGUGCAUGUCAGUACUGCUACUCCUUGUCCCCACCCCUAUCUCCAGACCAAACCGUGCAAGGGUUCCGGUAGCUGCGAAUGCGUAGACGCAAAAUUAUCAGGUUGGAGUAGUUGGACGUCUUGUUCCUGUCUGGGUCUCCAGGAACGGCAUCGUUCUAUCCGGGAGCACGCGAACCACUGCGGGAAGCCAUUGGACAAGGGAUAUUCACUUUAUGGCGAGAGACAAUAGAAGUUCAAAAAAGAGGUAUACGGGUUUAGGGUACACAUUUGUUGUCUAAUUUUUUUUUAUUUUUUGAUCUAAUAUCCAGUGGAGACAAAGCAGUGCGUGCCUAAAGACUGCGGUGACAAAAAGCAGGAUUGCGUUCUUAGCAGAUGGAGUACGUGGAGUGAGUGCACUGCUACCUGUGGCGGCGGACAGCAGUUUCGGAGUCGAAAGAUUGACAUUCCAUCCGCAUUGGGUGGCGAACCAUGCUUGGGACAUUUAAGGGAAACGAGAGAAUGCGGGAUGUCGCUCUGUACGAAUCCGAAAGACUGCGAAAUAUCAGCGUGGACUAAAUGGAGCGAUUGCACUAAGUACGAUUUUAUACAGUUGUGACUGUUCUUGAAGUAAGUACUCGAAUAGUUAAACUAGCUAGCAAGUAACAGGUAUGACUAUAAUAACCGUGUAUCUUCGACUAAUUGCGUCUCAUUUUGGACAAAUGGACUGAUCCUUUUUUUUCGUCAUAUGCAAGCAAAGUGUUCUACCUAAAACCACCACGGCAGGAGCUGCGAUGGCGGGCAGGAGUUCCGACAACGGGUAAUGAUAUCAGGCGCAUCUCAUGGUGGGGCAGGAUGCGCAGACCAAUUGUCGGAGAUACGAGGUUGCAACCUCCAGCCCUGCUCUCUAGACGUAAAAGACUGCAAUUAAGGAUUUGGUUUUAUUCCUCGCUGUUGCGCGAUUUGCUUUUCCAAGUGCUCAAUAGCGUAAGAUGCAAUGUAAUGAUAGUGCUACUUCUUGUCUGUUAUAAUAUACGAACAUACAACUCUAAUACUCUUGGUCUGAAUGGAGCGAGUGGUCUGCGUGUAGUCAGAGCUGCGACGGAGGGUACAAACAAAGGGACCGGGCAAUAGCGGCUAGUCCAAGACACGGAGGGUUGCCAUGUGAAGCGAGAGCAAAGAGUGAGUUGGUAUUUUGUUCCUCAGCAGUUUAUCAUCGUGGUGAACAUAUACUAUAGAUAUAUGACGCCUCGUCCAUCCAACUGAGCUUCAAUCAACUUUCCUUUUCAAUCAAACCUUGUGAAACAGGCACCGUGCAACACACAACGAUGUCGACUGGAGUGUAUAGACGGCAAGUGGGACGCCUGGUCUGAAUGGUCUCAUUGCUCAGCAUCCUGUGGUGAUGGUGGUGUGUCGACUAGACAUCGUUAUGAUGAAGAUGCUGAACCACGAAGCGCGUUGUAGAUCGAAGUAGAGUAGUCUUCUCUUUCACCCCUGGAGUGGGUACAUUCAUUCACUCAUUCAAAUGAAUGUUGAUGUAAAUAGCUCCUUGCGAUUUAUAUUUUUGAGAAAAACCAAAAUCUUCAUUGAGGAGCUGCAUUCCCUUCUAUCCAUCCAAAUGACAUUGAGGAGCUGGAUUCCCUUCUAUCCAUCCAAAUGACGUUGACCCGUCUUUCUCAAUUUGAUCGCUCUCACUCUCUGCAUCAAGAGCUACUACCUUAUGCUAUUGACAAAGUGUACACACUGUAGCAAAUUUAUGCUCACCUUGCUUUCAUUUUCUUGCGGUAAAAGUUUGGCCUAGCGCAUGCGGAAAAGGCGUUGAGGGGUCUACGUGGGAAGUGAAGGAAUGCAACCGAGUUCCAUGUGAGCAAUCGGUCGACUGCCAAUUAUCUGAAUGUUAUGCUUCUUCAGUUUGGCUGUUCCUGUACGCACCAUCGUUGCUUUCACGUGUAAUUCUAAUUUGUUUUCAAUCUAUCACUUGAGUGGAAGUUCUAAACGGAAGGUCUAAACGGAAACAUACAAUUUUUCUACGUCCCACCGCGAAUGUGAGAACAACUACAUCAAGACCGACUAAGUACACUAAGUACGACUAAGUCUGUAACAGACUCAACAUCUAAUCUUCGUCGUCCUGGUCCUCAUGCUCUAGUGAUUGUAACGGCGUCAGGCGGCGCAGUCGGGAGAUGAAGGUGGAGCCGGCCAAUGGCGGCAAAGGCUGUGGUGGGCCUCUUGAGGUCAUAGAAGGUUGCAAUUUGCCUGAUGACGGCUACGCAACGUGCUCUGAUAGCGAUGCGGGCAGGAGCGGUAGCAGUGUUAUGGUUCGAUGCUGUGAUUGAUGGGGUGAUUAUUGAGGACGAAGGCAACUUAGAUUAAAUUCACGCUGGAUGUGUGUCGUGUGAAGUACUGACAUGACAUGACAUGACAUGACAUGACAUGACAUGACAUGACAUGACUUUUUCCUUCGCUUCCGACUCAUCAGUUGGUGAAGUAGCCCUACAUCCGCCUAAGGAUGAUGGAUAGUCGGUCAAUGCAUUUUCCACACUAGCGCAACUUUACAUCGGCUUAUAGUAAACGUGAUUAACAUAUGAAUUUACUGUUCUAAUCUCCCAGUCAUCGACUGCAAAAUGAGUGAAUGGGGAAAGUGGGGAAAGUGUACCGCAGUGUGCGACCAAGGAAUCCAGAUACGGGAUCGAGAGGUAGAGACAGCGGCAUCGGCCGGAGGCAAACCCUGUGGCAUACAACCAACCAGAGAAAUGCAAAGCUGCAAUAAAAAGCCGUGCCUUGGGCCGCAGGUACUUGUUAGAGAUUUGUCUUCUUAGCAGGUACUUGUUAGAGGUCUUGUUGUGGGUAUUGGUUGCGCAAUAGGAGAAGGACCAAAUUUUUAGGAUAAUCGUCGAUCUCAACAACAUUCAGGAUUGCGCCUUCAGUGACUGGUCCGAGUGGUCCAAAUGCAGUCAGUCAUGCGGUGGAGGUAUGCAGCAGCGGAUUCGCGUGAUUGAUAAGGUAGCUCGCCGUGGAGGCAAGCCGUGCGAGUUGGAGAGCACAAAGUUGGUCCGACCGUGUAACGAAGAUUUGCCCUGUAAUAGUACAGGUGCCGUAGAAUUUGAGCAUGGCAAUGGCAGCUUCAACGGGGUCGCUUCAUCAUCAUCAUCGGACCAAGCAGGGCAAGAGUUAUGAUCGAUUUGAUUUGUCUACUUUCACUUUGAUGGAGAUACAUUGAUUGUGGAAGUGUUUUAGCAAGAUAAGACGAAGGGGUAAAUCUCAAAUGAACUUCUUUGAUUUGUCUUUGAUGUAGGUAUUUCGAAGAUUAUAUAAUCUCAAAUGAACUGCUAAUAUCUUCAGACGAGGUACCUGAAAUCGAUUACAGCGUGAAAACGGACAAGGGAUUAGUACCCUUCAGCCCUGACCAAGUUUGUGGGUGGGAACCGUGGAGCGCCUGGGGCAAAUGUAGCACGACCUGCGGGCAAGGUGGCGUGCAAGCGCGUACUAGACAUUUUGUUAUGCUGAUGUGCGGUCUUUAUCUCGGAAGAUCCCGAAACAAACCUAUUAUAGAGAAUCAAAUGGCUCCAAUCUUGAGGUGCUUAGGCCACUCUCAUUUUCAAGGAGGUCAUCUCAUCUCAGAAAAAUCCGCGUUUUGGCUCUCUUCAACAAUUAAGUACUGGAACACCACCUCGUGCUAGGUAAAUGAAUGAAUGAAUGAAUAAAAGCAGAUGCAGUAAUAUUCGUACAUCCCUUCUAAUCUUGGUCUACGACCGCGCGGUAGCGACAAGGAGACAUUUUACUCGGAAAUAUCGCGAACAAAGGAAGAAAAUGUUGCUGAGGACAGUGGAGGCUGGCUGUUCCGGGUCAACAAUCAAGAUGCGGAAAACCCUGGGCAAGCAACGAGCAGAGACAAAAAAGUUGAAAGGAUAGGCGAAGAGGAGAAAUCGCGAAAAGGAAGAGGUAAUAUUUUUACCAUUGCUUUUAUAUACGACGUUUUGAUGAGGUACCGCUUGCUGCUUUGAGAUUGACACGUUGUUUAAAUCAUUGAAGUAAGAACAGCAUCCAGCGUAUAGUGCUUUCUUCAAUCUUCCACACUCAACCCGCUCUUGAACAACAACCACACCAAUAGGUUUUUGGACAAAAGCUGGUCUUUUUUUAGUAGGCCUUGUGUCAUCGUUGGGGACGUUGACACUUUUGUCCCGACUUUUCCGCAGGCGUUCGCAGGAUGCGCUAGCCAACGAACCCUUUGUCCUAAUUGAGGAUGAGCAGGGAAAUUCAUACGCUAUAUGACUAGGCUUGUAAUAAAGUCAAAAGUUGUGCUGGUUGCACGAAAUUAGUCUGGCUAAGUGAAAAAGUUUACAACUAAAUAUUCGUUUUCUUUUUUAGUUAGGGCUUUAUUGAAACAAACUAUAGAACAACCCCGAAGCCGAAGCUCUAAGCCUACUUCAUUGAAAUUCAGUACUCUCACGAAACCGUUCACAAUGAAAUAGAAAUUUUCCUUUUUCGCUGGGCGAAUUUUGCGAGGAUAAACAUGAAUACUUUUGUCAAAAAAUAUUUGAUUAUGAUUCCUUGGGCAUUUUGAAAUUAAAUGAUAAAAACUGAAGCAGUCCUCGCUUCGCGGACGACAGAAAGAGAUCACAGCUGCAACAAGGAUUUGAUUGUUUCGCUAAGAGAAUUUAACAGCUGAAAGUGGUGGAUCAGGAUCUUUCAGCUGUUAAAAUAGCUGUCACAGAC